UUCUCAGAACAACAAAAAUGGCUGACAUACUAGAUCUACCAACGAAAACUGUUUGGUUUGCUGUCAAAAGAUUGGAUUUGAAUGACACAGAACCUUCUGAUGUUAUAUCACUGCAGAUGAAUGAGGAAGAAAAGGUUACAGAGGUCACACAGAGUCUUCGCUCUAUACUGCAGUUAAACAAUGCAGACCUCAUCCUGAGGCUGCGUAACUCCAGGGGCUCCAUAAUCCCACUAAAUGGAAAACUCUGCAUGACUGCCUCCUCUUUCACCAGCCCAUUUACCUUGGAGGUUGUCCGGCAUUUUCAGUCAGUGGAACCGGCUCCCAAUUCACUGGAGCUGACUCAGUAUGCAGAGUCUCUAAAGGAAAGAGUGAUGGAUGUGCAGGACAGGAUCAACACCUUGGAAAGUACAAUGGAGAAUAUGCAAGAGAUGAGACAUGAUAAAAUUUAUCAGGAAAUUUCCAAGCUGGAAAACACAGUGAACUUCUUGACCAGGCGCAUCGAGGAGGCAGAGAUGAUUGAGUGGCGCGGGAUGUUUGUAAAGAAUCCUUUGUGGUGAUUAUCUGUGGCUUGUUGUGAGUCAGUCGAUGGGAAAAACCUUCACUCGUGAUUGUUAUCAGGAGGACCAUGGUUCUGCAUAUGAGAACAGGUUUAUGACCACUGUUAGAUAAAUUAUGUAACAGAAGUAGGAGGAAGUGUUUGUUCGGAUGGGCUUAUUGUCGCAGCAGUGUUGACAUCAGUGGCAAAAUAGCCAGGCCAGUAGUAGUCGGGUUUCUGACUCAUGAUCCAAAUUGUCAGGGAUACAAAACGUGAUUGCAUCAAGUUUGAAACUGUGACCUAGAGAAAGACACUCCUCAUGGUUUUUCCCCCUACUCUACCGAGGUUCAAGUGUGGUCAAGUUUGAGCUGUGGGUGGUAUUUCUUUCAGCUGACUUUUGUCUACUUUGCAAGUGAUCUCAUAUCAUCUUUAUAACUUCAUGCUGUAGAUACCUGUGUCUGUAGUAGGCUCUUUUUCAUGCACACAAAAGAAGUAAGUUUAAAUCCUGACAUGGGGUAGACAUUCUAUCGACUGUCUGGGUCUCUUUUUUUUUGGUGUGUAUCAUGCACUACAUGAGUUAGCCCUGACAGAUCAGGUAGAAACAAGCUCUGGUAUGGUUUGCUCCUUCUUUCCAAUAAAAAAUCUAUCAUCUCUAUCUCCCCUGCUUUUUUGUGUGUGUUUGUUACUCUCUUGUAACACCUCUAAUCUUCGGCACUUAAAUGACCUUAUUGUGUUGCAAGUGCCGUAAAACUCUUACUAAAACUAAAGUACCUUGUAAACAGUCUGAAUUGUGUAGAUGGGGAUGAAAUCUUUCUGACAAGUCAGUAACAGCAACUUUAAUGAAGACUGAGAUAAUAUAUCUUGGCAUCGUCGAGCUGAACAGUCAUUGAAGGAACUUCCGCUUUACUUUAAUUACAACUUGUCAUGUUUUCAUUUUCAGUCAUAACUACUCUCUCAAUGUGUUUGGUUACACUUUAUCACAUGACCAUUAGCAUCCUGAUUGGGAUUUUAAAGAAACGUAGAAGACACAUGUGAUUUUGGUUUAGAAAUAACCCUUUUGCUACGUCAUGACGUAGGCUGAUUGGUCUUGACUUAUAAAUGUUCCUCUGAUGUGAUCAUGUGUGUCAGGUUUAUUGUUAGAA